UGCGUUGAGUAUAUAUUUACAUUUUACAACUUUUAAACUGUAUUGUAACCAACUUUGAACUUAUUAGAUUAUUACAUUAAUUUUUGUUAAGUUCAUCUGUUGUUGUUAGUGAAACAUUCUUAUUUCUUAACUUUCUUCACUGUACAAAGGAUACCUAGUACCUACACGAUAAACUCUUUAGAGUAAAAGUGUUCUGUGACGAAAAAACUCUAAAAUUAUAAUUUAAUUGUGUAGUUUAAAUGUGAACUAACACUAUAUUGACGUAGUAAAUUUGCAUGAUUAAGUAAUGUGCAUGUAGUAAAUUAAAAAAUUCUUAUGAACAUAAUGGAGGAUCUUUCGAAAUUACAGAUUACGUCUACGAGAUGUGUCACCCCAUUGAAUAAUUUCAAGUAAGGUGUGAAAAAUCUCUGCAGUGAAAAUGGAGGGAAAAAAUCUAAAAUGGACUCGAGAAAUGAUUCAAAGAUUUGCGAAGAUCAUUGUGAGAACUCCAGCCAUAUAUAACUAUGAUUGGAUAAAUGGAACCACUGAUACAAUUGCGGACAAUGCGCGGCGUGACGCGGCGCUGCUGCAGUGUGCGGCGCUGAUGAAGCAGCCGGCCUGUGUGGACACAAUGGUGGACUUGGUGCAGUCUUUCCUGGCCGUGCUCAUCAGCAAGGUGAAAGCGACCACGCCGACAUUGCGCACCCGUCUCUGCCACCUCGACGCCGGGCCACACUUCCGCGAGUUCACCGUUCCUGUCAGGACGGUGAUCAACAGAUACUGCAUCCUUGAGAUUGCCAACUUGGUUGAAACGAUGAACAGGAGCGGACGGCAGAAGAUAACGAAGUUGUGGCGCAGGACGAUCGCGUUGCAGCUGCGGCAGUACGUGUCGCUCGCGUGCCAGCACUGUCUGGCGUAUGGCGGGGCCGAGGGCGGCGCCCUGGCAGCGCGCCUCGUGCGGGGCGGCGGCGUCAUGCGUGGCCUGGCCACCCACGUGGGCGUGCCGGCCGACCUGCUGGAGCAGACCUGGAGGAAGUUGUGCAAAUGCACCAUGAAAAAGCUUCUGGCUCUGAGCGCGGCGGGAGACAAGAGUAACGCGGCCGGGGACUGUCACCUGUCUCCGAGCGAGUGGCGCGUGGCUGACGUGGUGAUGCUGUACGACGAGCAGAUACAGUUACUGUACGAGGACGGCAAGUUGAAUGGAGAAUUCAUAACAGAUCAAGAUUCGCUGGAGUUCUUGUUGAUUCUGAUCAGCGUCGCGGUGAUGCGGCUGCCGAAGCCUGUACGUGUGAAGGACGUGGUGUUUGGGGUCGAGGACGAGGGGCCGGAUCCCUCCGACCCCUUGACGGAGCCGUCGAUCGCUUACAAGAACUGGUUGAGGAACGUUUGGAGAGUGGUGCACUUCGCCUAUGUUAGCAGUGGCCGCUCGGUGUCGCGCUGCGUGCUCCAGAGGCGCUGGCACGAGCUGCGUGCCACGACCAGUCGGCUCGCGGCGCCCGACGGGAGUGGACGUAUGCAGGUUCCGCCGCGGCUUAGUUGUCUCCUGCUCGAGCGGUUCCCCAGCACGCAGGCGUCGCCGGUUCCGUCGUGGACGUCGCUGGUGCAGCACGGCUUCGUGUUGGACGAUAUGAACAUGGGAGACACCGAGCUGAUGGGUCUGCUGUCAGACAUUGUGGCAAGCUACAGCUCCGUCCCUGUCCUGGCUGCUGACUCGCUCAUGUCCCUCUCCACGCCGUGCGUGUCUUAUCUUGUGUUUCCCGCGCAGCCUCUAUCGAACCUACACGAUCUACACACGUCACAGCCUGUCGACAUGAAUAUAAACAAUACCGAUAAUCUCGCAACAUCAAAUACUGAGGUACACUUGGACAUAAUCGAUCAGUUCCAAUCAAUAGAUCCGACGAAUGCUGAAGUUAGUAUUAUGUUUGACAGUUCCGACGAGGAUUUGGAAUUUUGUAGAAAAUUUAACACAUCUAAUGGUGCUAAGAGUCAAAGUAGGGAUGCUGAUGAUCUGAAUAACGAUAAUGAUUUAGAUAACGGAAUUUCUUCUGUUUAUUUAAAUGAAAUAAAUAAUGUCAAUGAAAGUAGAACAAGUGUGGGACUUGACAAUUUCAAUAAAACUAUUGUGAAAGUUGAAAGUGAUGGUACAACUACUGGCGACCAACAGUAUAAAGACGAGAAUUCAAAUGAAGACAAUGUAUUUGUUACAAAAUCAAGUAGUUCAUUUAUUAUUGAUGAGCCAGCAGGAGUUGAAUCAACUGAAGGAAUUGCAGUACAAACCGAUAACUGUGAAAUUGUUAAUUCAAAUAAUGUCUGCAGCUUGAUAUCGAAAGAAAAUGAAAACAAAGCCUCUGAUCUUGCCAAAAAGUCAAAUAGUUCCAGUGACAUUAGCACAAUGUGUACAGCACCUGAAAAUGAAAAAGGUUACACAAAAAGUGCAGACAUCAAUGAUAGCAGCUCAGAAGACGAAUCAAAUCUUAUCAUCGAUGAAAACAUAUGCGUUCAUAAAACAGGCAAGCAUGCGAGAAGUGAAGAAAAAAAUAAUGAAACUGGAGUAAUUGUAAGUAAUGGACAAAAAGAGUCCAAUAGAAAAGGAAAUGAAUUAAUAAAUUUAGAUGAAGAAAUGUGCCAGCAAGAAAAUAUAAUGUUUCAUCCAAGUAUCGAUGAGAGCUUUACUAACGUAGAAACUGGUACAGACGGUUGCAAUGGUCGUCCCAGUGAGGACGCAGGAGAAGCUGCUGGAAAAGAAAUGAAGAUAGAUGGAGAUGAGCCUGCCACGUGCUCUCAGAACAAAAACAUUGAUAAAAAAUUAGGAAUGAAAGUGAAAGUAGUAUUACCAAAGGUAAGUAAGCCUUCAGCAUUGAAUCGGAGAUCUACACGAGGUUUAGAGGGCCGAAGCGGUGGCGGGUUCCAGGCCGUGUUGAGGCGGCAUGGGGUAUGUCGCGUGAGCGAGCGGUUCUACCGGCGGAACGUGCGUGUGAUAACGCAGUGCCGGCCGGCGCGCCUGCGCCUGGAGCGCUUGCGGCGCGGUGGCGCGCGGGUCAGCCUGCGCGGGAUCGACGAGGUGCGCCGCAUGAACCGCGGAGUGCUCACAGCGGAGGUGGCGCCGAUAGUGGCCGCCGCUGACACUCCGGCCGCGCCCCACUUGAGACAGUGCUUGGAGGAACAAAACGGGCAAUUACUUGUGGAGAUGAACCCAAGAGCGCGUCGGGAGAAGUCGUCGAGUGAUGAGGACAACGAGGUCCAGGAGAAACAUGGCGAGGAGUUUACAUAUCUGGAUGACCAUAUAAACAAAAUACUGCAGGCUGUGGAAAAGAAUCCAAUAGAAAAAAGAAAAUCUACAGUAGACAGUAAAAUUGACAUUAAGAAACGUAAGAUAAACAGAAAAGCGAAACGCCCGGAAAUUAUCUCGUCUGAUGAUGAAGUAUCCGAGGAAUUCGAUUACGAGGAGUGGACACGACAGAGAAACAUAGGGCUGCAAUACUUUAAUUUGCCCCAUACGACACAUAAAGCGAAAGAUACUCCUAAAGCGGACAGCAAUGAUAGAAUCGGUGGCAGAAGUUUAGAAGAAAACUCUAUCCAAACACCAACAGACGCGCAAAUACAACCGAUUGAAAACAUAGAAGUACUUACAGGCCCUAGUGAAAUUCCUAUGCAGCUUGUGAAUUCCGUAAAAACAGCUAACACUGACAGUAAAUUUGCUUGUAAAAUCAAAGUAGUUUUCAAACCAACUAAUGACCACAAAAGUGACCGCCUUGUUGAAAAAAAUGAUCCAAAAAUUAUAAAUAUCGAUGAUUCUGAUGAUGAAGCCAGUCGUGACGAUGUUAAGGUCCUUGGUCAAGGUGAAGAGAAUCGAGCUUCUUGUCAAAUUUCAAAUAAAGCUAGUGACACUGAUCCAAAUAAUAUAAACAUUUUAAACAAUUUCUAUGUAUCACAAGAAAUAAAACCAUCACUAGUUAUUGAUGGAAGUAGACUCGGUACUGUCGAAAUUGGCCAGCAAAGGUACUUGCGUAUCGCUCCGAAAAUACCUCAACAAAGUUGCCACCAAGCCAAGGUUAAUUUGCCCAUAUGCCCGGAGAUAUUAAGUCAGAGAUGCCAAGAUGAGGUUAAUGUGCCUAUACCCCUCGAGAUAUCACAAAAAAGGUUACAGGCUGAUGUUAAUGAGCCUGAAACUCCGGAGAUAUCACAACAAAGGUUACAGGCUGAUGUUAAUGUGCCUGAAACUCCGGAGAUAUCACAGCAAAGGUUACAGGCUGAUGUGAAUGUGCCCGAAACCCCGGAGAUAUCACAGCAAAAUAUACAAGCUGAUGCUAAUGUGCCCGAAACCCCGGAGAGCUCACAACAAAGUGGCCAGGAUGAAGCUCAAGUUAGUAAAUUUAAUGAGAUGGAUACAGUAGAGAUUAGUGAUGACGAACCCGAUGACACAGCGUUCGGCAACUAUGCAGAUACAGUGACUUUUGAAUCAGACGUCAUCACCACGAACACUCGACUGCUGUCUCUCGACCACGUCACUCGGGAGAACUACCUUCAGACCUCUCCGAACCCGUCGGCGCCCCUGCUCCGGCUGGACUCGUCGCGGCCGCUGUGGGUGGCCUGCUCCGACUUCUUGAUACUGACCACUUGCCGUCUAGACUGCGACUUGCCCACUUACUGGACCAGCGUCCACGGGCCCGACUUCAAUGCCUCCUCGCGUGUCCUGUUCGGCAACGAGGAUCUGUUCCCGAGCUUGACGAGACCCAGGAGGCCGUCCUUCGUGGACCUCACCCGGCAGGAGGUGUUGGACGACGCAGACUGGUUCGACGCCCAGUCCGAGGGUGACGAGCCCCGCGCGCGGCUCACUGUCAAGACCACGGAGCAGCUCAACCAGAACCUGGAGGAGCAGCAAUGUGACAGCCGGCGCGGUCGCAAGCCCGGCAAUAGUGGGAACGGCAACAUUUACAAGAUGGUGUCUGAGUCACCGCCCAUCUACGCGCUGGUACUUAGUAUUAUCCAAGAGGUGAACACAUUCAAGAAGUUAAUCGAUAAGAAGAAACAAUUGUACUUCUUCUCGAUGACGAACGGCACGCUGUCAUUGCUCUUGAAGACGGAGGACGUGGAGGCUGGCCACGCAGACGUGAGCCUGCCACCGUCCCUUGCGCCGACUACUGUGACGACUGCGCAGAAUGUGGCUGCGACGACCUCUUCGGACGCUUGGAACAAUACCUCCACUGCACAGGCUGACCUUGAAAUCAUUCCUAAUAUGAAAUUCAGAAUUAUUCCACUUAGCCCUAAUUAUGACUUUAAAACAAACCCAACGGAAAAUAAUGUUUUGGGCACGUGUAUUAAUGCUAAUGUUGAGCAAAUUAACGAACCACUGCAAAAUAUUCAGCAACAACGACAACAACAGAAAAUUGAACCGCGGCAAGAACAAAAACAACAACCACAACAACAGAAUAUUGAACCGAGGCAACCACAUCCACAACAACAGAAAAUUGAACCGCGGCAACAACAACCACUACAACAGAAAGUUGAACCGCAGCAACAACAACAGCAACUACAACAACUGAAAAUUGAACCGCGUCAACAACAACCACUACAACAGAAAGUUGAACCGCAGCAACAACAACAGCAACUACAACAACUGAAAAUUGAACCGCGGCAACAACAACAGAAAAUUGACUUGUGUCAAGAACAAAAACAACCAGAACAACAAAAAUUGGUACCGCACCAAGUACAAAAACAAAAACCACAACAACAGAAAAUUGAGCCGUGGCAAGAACUUCAUACAAAUGAAGCGCGGCAGCAACAACAACAACGCCCACUGGUAAUUGUAUCGACGCAUCAACAAUUACAACAACAGAAAAUUGAACCGCGGCAACAUCGACAGCAACUACAACAACAUAAAAAUGAAUCGCAGAAACAACAACCACAACAACAGAUAAUUGAACCGCGGCAGCAACAACAACAACCACAACAGAAAAAUGUUCUGCGGAUACAACAACAACAACCACAACAAGAGAAUAUUGAACUGACGCAACAACAACAAAAAACACAAGAACAGAAAAUUGAAUUGCAGCAACAACACACACAACAGCAGAAAAUUGAACCGGUACAGCAACAACAACAACCACAACAGAAAACUGUACUGCGGAUACAACAACAACAACCACAUCAACAGAAUAUUGAACCGAAACAACAAUACCAGCAAAUACAACAACAUAAAAUGAAACUGCAACAACAAGCACCACAACAGCAGAAAAUUGAACCGUUACAGCAACAACAACAACCACAACAGAAAAUUGUACUGCGGAUACAACAAAAACAUCCACAACAACAGAAUAUUGAACCGAAGCAACAACACCAGCAACUACAACAACAUAAAAUUGAACUGCAACAACAACCACCACAUCAGCAGAAAAUUGAACCGAAGCAACAACACCAGCAAAUACAACAACAGAAAAUUGAACCGCAGCAACAACAACCACAACAGCACAAAAUCGAACCGGGGCAGCAACAACAACAAAGACAACAGAAAAUUGUACCAAGGCUUCAACAACAACCACAACAGAAAAUUGUACUGCGGAUACUACAACAACCACAUAAACAGAAUAUUGAACCGAAGCAACAACAACAGCAAAUACAAGAACGCCAAAUUGAACCGCAUCAACAACAACCACAACAGCAGAAAAUUGAACCGCGGCAUCAACAACAACAACCACAGUUAAUGAAAAUUGAGCCGCAACAACAAUUUCAGAAAAUUGAACCGCGGCUUCAACGACCACAGAUAAUUGUACCGGGACAUCAUCAACAACAACCACAGCAGAAAAUGGUAUCGCGGCAACAUCAACUACCACCACAACAACAGAAAAUUGAACCGCGGCAGCAGCAACAUCAACCACAACAGAAAAUUGCACCGCGGCAACAACAACAAUCACAACAACAGAUAAUUGAACCGCGGCGACAACAACAACAACCACAACAACAGAAAAUUGAUCCACGGCAGCAACAACAACAACAAAAACCACAACAACAGGUAAUUGAACCGCGGCAACAACAACAACAACCACAACAACAGAAAAUUGAUCCACGGCUGCAGCAACAACAACAACAACCACAACAACUGAAAAUUGAUCCACGGCAGCAGCAACAGCAACAACAACCACAACAACUGAAAAUUGAACAGCGGCAACAACAACAUCAACCACAAAAGAAAAUUGCACCGCGGCAACAACAUCAACUACAACUACAGAUAAUUGAACCGCGGCAACAUCAACUACCACCACAACAACAAAAAAUUGAACCGCGGCAGCAACAACAUCAACCACAACAGAAAAUUGCACCGCGGCAACAAGAACAACCACAACAACAGAUAAUUGAACCGUGGCAACAACAUCAACAACAACAGAAAAUUGAACAGCGGCAACAACAAAAGCAACCAGAACAACAGAAAGUUGAACCGCGACAACAAGAACAACAACGGAGGCCACUACCAGCACUGAGACAACUACAACCUCUGAGACAGCUACGACCACAGAAGCAGCUACAAUCACUGAGGCAGAUACGACGGCAGAGGCAGCUACAACAAAAUACGUCUGGCGUAGUGGGGCUGUCGUAUAAGGUGCAGAGUGGUGACCGCGGAGGCGAGGGCAUGCCCAGCGUGUUGCGGAACAUCCUACACUGUACGGAGGAGCAACAGAAGGGAUCGUCGCCGCCCUGGGUCAAGCACGCUCAGAACAUGCCGCACACAAUCAACGUGCAGCAGGCGGCUGCACCCGCGCCGCACCCGCUCGCCUCCGUGCAGAUCUCCAACGUGCAGCACGUGGCCAGCAUGGACGCGUUGCCACCGACGCCCGCGCAGCCCGGCCUGCUCAUCACGCAGCAGAACCUGGCGGAGCUGCUCCAAAAGGUGCAGUACACGCCCGCCAACGUGUUGCUCACCCAGACCACCAUCACCCAGCUGCUGGUGGGCGAGACGCCCGCGACCCACCCCACUGUCGUCCAAGUACAACAAAACUACGGGCACUAUCCAUAGCUGACUCCGAUAUACACUGACACUCCGUAUAUUAUUACUAAUAUCCGGACGACCAAGCCCUGCUCGAAUUUUUAAGAACCUUGAACAAAAAAAAAACUAAUAGUACAUCUGGAUUCGAACCGGGGUCUGCUGCUUUCCAGAUCACAUAAUGUCCCAUCUGAGCUAUAGUCUUGUAUAUAUUGGCGAAAUUUACCUUUGUAUUCUGAUUUUAGCAGUUUCUCAUUAAAACAGGGAUAAAACUUCAUUUUUUAAAAUGGAAACUAGGUAGCUAAAUCGAUUUCUCGCCCCUGAAACUACCUGUACACAAAAUUUAAUUAAAAUUCCUGGAGCCGUUUCCGAGUGUCAGAUUAUAUACAAGAUAUACAAGAAUUGCUCCUUUAAAGAUAUAAGAUAUUGUUACUGAAUGAAAUAAAUAAAAUAUUAACUUUGACAAACUACUCGGAAGAUAAAAAUGAGUCACAUUUUUAUCUUCUUCUUCUUCUUCCUCGACUCUAUUCUUGCUUCUUCUUAAAUUUUGCUAUUUUAAUUUGUUGCGAUGUGUAUCGUUAUAUUAUGUAUUUUAAAUGUAAUAAAGUAAUGUUAAUAACUUUACAUUUUUAGGUUUUAGAAGUUUUAUUGAGAUAUUUUUUUCACUGUUAUUUUAAACAGCAAUAGUUUAUUAAAACAGUUGAAUCAACUUUAUUUUGUGUUGCCCAACAGAGUAAAUUCAUCUGGCAGAACGACCACCUUGCUUUACUUUGAAUCAAAUUUCCUAUCAAUUUAAAUCUAUGCUUUAAGACCGAAUUUUAAUGCAAAAUGUUUAUCACAAUGAUUUAACGCGUGACUAAAAGUUUGUCUUUCUUCUAUACCAAAGAUGUAAGUGUAAUGAAAAUUUAUAAGGUAUAAAUAAGAAAAAUCGUGUAUGAAUCAAAACACUGUAUUAGGGUAAAAACUAAACAAGUUUAACUAAGUUAAACAGUAUCUCGCGGCUAAUAGCCGCGUGCGCGCGUGUCUCCAGGGAGUCUACCAACAAACAAUUAAAACUUUUCAAAGAUCGGGCUCUAUUCCACUAACAGUCACUAUAUGACCUCGAUAGGUUACCUUUCUCCCUGGCAAAUACACAUAUUAUGUCAUGAAUUUACCGAAGAUGGAAUGCCGUAGACGGUCGAACACCUGUGUCUGCAGUACUUUUAGUUAUCUUCGUCCCAUAUUGGAACACACUUGCUCUCGUGACCGCAAACUCGCAAGUUCGUACCCUAGUCUUUGACCGUUGUAGAACCGACAUUAAAUGUAUUCUUCAAAAUUAUCUUACCUUUAAUCGCACAACACAUUGUUAUAUUUGUUUAGGAUACACUUGUUUUAUAUGGCAUCAACCCUAACAUAACCCACCAAAUAUUUAGACAUGGCUUGUUUAGUGAGAUGAGAAAUUUAGUUAACUAUUGUUAUUUAUUUGAAAAUUCAAACAUUAAAUAACUCUUAUGGUCUCGUGAUACGAAAAUAAGUUUUUUUUACUAAUCAUGUCUGUGAAACAAGUUCGCUGCAGUACUUGUCAUAAUAAUCAACUUGUUUCAAAUGAAUGUUAUAUUCUGUCUCAACAGUUCUACAAUAGCAUUUGUAAAUAUUAUGUAGUACCCAUUCGUGUUGUAUGUAGGUACCUAGGUGUAACGUAUAAAACUCCUCUGCAAAAGGUAUAUUCUGUAGUGCAAAGAACCAUGUGAGUGAAUGAUAUGGCUGUUCUUGUGAAAUAUUCUUAUUAUUUCUCGUUAUUUAUAAAUUUUCGAUUAGGUACAUUGUGCAACUGUUGAUGUAAUUUGUUUCAUUUUAAACACGGUUAAUGAAUCUAUAUAAAAGAUUAGGUACUUUAAGUAUUGUGAUUACUUUUAUCGUGUAUUGUUAAAAUAAUAAGUUAAAAUAAGGAUAAAUUUGUGUGUACUAUCAGAUAUUAAAUAAUUAUAACAA